AUGCCCUACAGGGCUCGCAAUCACAGCGCUGUCGUCGUCAAUUACCACGGUCUACUUAACCCAUCAAAAGUACCCAUCGAAGAAAAGUUUUCUUUGGACAUGCUGGCAGUUGAACGAGCCCUCGGAAAUCCUAUGAAUCAAUUAUGUGGAGCGAGUGUACUCCUGGACUUCAAAGAAUUCAAUUUGUGGAAAAUGCUCGCCCUCACUCCACAGGUUGCUCGAAUGUACGUCGAAUUUCUCCAGAAUUCUUUCCCUCUACGUCUGAAGUCCAUUAUAUGCCUGAAUACACCCACUAUCUUUUCCUUACUCUUCAAUAUAAUAUACCCGUUGCUUUCAAAGAAGUUGAGGAGUCGGCUGAUGGUGCACUCCAUCAAUGAGGGCUGGGAAAAUCUUCAUGCUGUUUUGCCUCCUGAAAUUCUACCUGAAGCAUACGGCGGGAAAAUAAAGAAAUCGAGCCUCAUUGACUUAUGUGAAAGAAUCGAAGACCAUGAAGAAUACUUCCAAAGACACCUUGACUAUGGAUUCAUCAAAUCGAAGCACCAUCACGAUUAGAACAUGAAUCAUCUCAUGGACUACU